GUCGGGUUUCAUAGUCUUCAGACAAACCGGAACUUCGGCAAGAAGUUUGCUGGAGAAGAUUGUGGUCUCUAUAUUUGGAGUAAGCAAGAAUUAAUGGCUAGCAAAUAUCGCCAAAUUUAUUAAAAAGAUUUUCAACACAAACCUGCCCAAAGCCAUGUGUAGAAGGAUUGUUUGGAUGAAUAAAAGAGCAAAAAGAUUGGAUAGUCUGUCAGACAGCUGCAAGACCAUCCCAGCCAGCACAAGCUAACUGAGAACGAUCCUCUACUGUUCCAGACAAGCUCAGUCGCCCGAGCCAGGGAGCUGUUAAUCACGCUCUGGUCAAGCAGCCAUGGGUUCAUCCACCAGACUUGAUUUCCUGUCUCCUUAGAACUCAAGGAUACAGAGGUACGAGCCUAUAGAACAGAUCCUGUUCAAGUAAGGUCGUGCCCUGUGCUGUCGGGGGAACAAAUAAGUAAAAGUUCGACCAUGUCAUAAUCUCUCAAUGUGGGAGGCAAUUUAAUUACUGCUUAGAUUGUGAGUGCCCACUUUCCCAAUAUAAGAGGAACGAGUUCUUAACUGUCGAUUAAGGAGUAUAUAGUAUUUUCUCAAAACUGUCUAUUAAGGAGUUCUUAACUGUACUAGUGUAUGUAGUAUCUUCUCAAAAAAAAAACUAUACACACUAGUGAUUGUUGUCUAUUUUAAGAGAAUCUGAGGGAAAAACAAAGAAAAGAAAGCUCCUUCAUUCAAGUUCUCACAGAAGUCCUCAAGAAACCUUCUUAAUCUUCAAUAUUCCUUCUCUUCGUUUCAAUGGGUUCCGUCUUUAUCACUUUUGUUAUCUAUCUUCAUCUUCAAAGCAUGUUUAUGCAUCAGCCCACAGGUUCUGUUUACGAUUUUUCAAUCCCCAUCACUUGAAAAUUCAAAAAUACCACACUUCUGUAAUUUCAGUACUAAAUUCAUGCAGAAGCCUUCUAAUGCUGAAGCAAAUCCAUGCUUCAGUUGUAGUCUCAGAUGGGCAAGAACUAUCUUUUGUACUUGCUUCAAAGUUGAUAUCUUUAUACGUUCAAUUUGAUGACUUUGGAAGCGUUAUGUCAGUGCUUAAGGCUUUGAAAGAACCCAACAGUUUUCUUUGGAAUUCAGUGAUCAAGGCCCAUGUAAAUUCGGGGCUUGUUGAAUCAGGAGUUUUUGUCUAUAAGUUAAUGAGACAAAAGGGUGUUCCAUGUGAUGGUUACACAUUUCCAAUAUUGAGUAAACUGGUUCUGUUGAUUGAAUGUGGUGUAAAUUCUGCCGAGAUGAUUCAUUGUGUGGCAAUGCAAAUGGGCUUUGAAUCUGAUGUUUACUUCUGCAAUACGAUGAUCGAGGCUUAUGUGAAGAGUGGGUACUCUGGAAAUGCUUUGAAGUUGUUCAACGAAAUGCUUUACAGAGAUUUGGUUUCUUGGACAUCAAUGAUUUCAGGGUUUUCUUAUGAAGGAAAUACCAAUGGAGCUUUUGCAUUGUUUAAUGAAAUGCGGAAAGAAGUCGAACCUAAUGAGGUCACAAUGAUUGUGAUGUUGCAAACGUGUUCUACUAUUGUUGAAGGAAGUCAGUUACAUGGCUAUGUGAUCAGAUUUGGGUCCUUGGUAGAUCAGUCGUUGAAAAAUUCAAUCUUGAAAAUGUAUGCUGAUUUUGGUAGCGAAGCCGAUUCAGAACUUCUUUUCGAAGAAAAUGCAAGGAGGGAUGUGGUUUCUUGGAAUAUUAUGACAUAUUUAUAUUCUUCAAAAGGCAAGACUGUGAAAAUGGCGGAUUGUUUGAGCAAAAUGAGGCGUGAAGUAGAACCAAGCAUUGAGACACUUACUGUGCUCAUUGCAGGGCUUGGACAGUGCAGAUAUCCUAGUCAAGGUAGACAAAUACAUUGUCUUGCUCUAAAAACUGGACUUUUUGAUGAUAUACUGAUGACUAUUUUGUUGGAAAUGUAUGCAAAGUGCGGGGAUUUGGAGAACUCAAGUAAAUUGUUCAGAGAAGUCUCUCACAGGAACUAUUGUACUUGGGAUGCUAUUAUAUCAGGAUGGACCGAAAAUGGGCAUCUUCAAAAGGCUCUUGAGCUGUUUCAGCAAAUGGUAGCUGUAGGUAUUCAGCCCAGGACUGAAAACAUGAGAACACUCGUUGUUGCAUGUAUGCAUCUGGGCGCUUUACGGUUGGGCAAAUCUGUUCAUGGAUACUUCAUAAGAAACUUCUUUUCCAUCUCUGAUGAAGGUGCUCAAUCACUAGAGACCUCUAUUAUGAACAUGUAUGUUAGGUGCGGAGACAUUCGUUCUGCAAGAAUUUCUUUCGACAGAAUGCUUUUGAAAGAUCUUGUAACAUGGUCAUCAAUGAUCGAGGGCUUGGGGACACAUGGUUUAGGUUCUGAAGCGCUUGAAUUUUUCCAUCAGAUGAAGGCUGAAGGAAUAGAGCCAAAUAGUGUUACCUUCUUAAGCUUACUAUCUGCUUGUAGCCACUCCGGCCUCUUGUACAAAGGCUGUGAAGCCUUAAAUUCCAUGAAAUGGGAAUUUGGCAUUGAGCCCGAUUUAGGUCAUUACACUUGCAUCGUGGAUUUAUUAGGUCGAUCCGGCAAGGUUAAAGAGGCUUUAUCAACAAUCCUGAAGCUAGUGGCUUUGCCAGACAGUAGUAUCUGGGGUGCACUUCUGGCUGCUGCUAGAGUUCAUGAAGACCACAAAGUUGGACAAUAUGCAGCUCAAAAGCUUUUCGAGUUGGAAAGUGAUAAUGCUGGCUAUUAUACGCUCUAUAGUAAUGUACAAGCCAGCUUAGAAAGGUGGAACGACGUGGAAGAAGUUAGGAGUGCCAUGAAGGACAUGAAUUUGAUGAGGCAUCCUGGUUGGAGCUGCUUAGAAGUCAAAGGAAAGUUUCACGGUUUCGUUUCAGGAGAUAGAUCACAUCAGCAAAUGGAUGAAAUACAUGCAAUAAUUGAGUGUUUGUCUAGAAAUGCACUAGAUGUAGGGAGCUGAUCUUACUCUUGCAAAUUUUCUGUCAUCAGUUUCUCUGGAUAUGAGAGUAAUAACAAACAAGUUCUUGUAA